UUCUCAUUUUCAUCAGGAUUUUCGCCUAUUUUACAGUUAACAUUCGACAUAAAUGCCCUGCGUUGUGCCAACCUGUGGUGCCUCCGUGGGCACCUUCAAGUUGUUUCCUCAGCACAUAUCCCUCUCGGGACGUUGGCUUGAAGCGAUCCAGGUAGGAUGUGAGGUCAAAGCGGCUGAUGAUGGCCAUUUGAGUCAAAAAGAAAUCUGCCACUGGCAUUUCUCAAAACCGGACGGUGAGGUGUAUCAAGAACCGAAGAUCUUCUUCAACUGCAAGACGGAGAAAGUGGAAAUCGACAGCUGUAGACUGUGCCUACGGUUCUACCCAAUUUGCGAUAUGGUUUCCAAGGAUGGAAAACUAUCUGGAAUGGACAUUACACUCACCGUUUCCGAAUCGCUACGCAUUGACUUCCAAUCAAACGAUUUCCUGGAACUGAUCUGCAUUGAGUGUCUUGCUCGAUUGGAUCUACUGAAAUCGAUUCAGAAGGAUUUCAUGGACGCCGAGAUCAAGUUUAACAACCUGAUUACCAUUGCUCGAGAUAAUGCAAAAGAAAUCCGUGAGCCGAUAGAGCUACCGCCGCCGGUGGAGGUGAUCAUGCCGAAAGAUCGAGAUGAAUCCAACUCAGAGUCGGACGGCGGUAUCGUUGAAAAAGAUAGCAACGAUGAAUGGACUCCUCCGAAAGCUCUAAUCGAUAUCCUUAAAAAUCAAUGUAGUGAUGUUGCGAAACAUAAAACGAACUCUACUUCUUGUGACGGCUCUAAACAACCUAAAUUAAACCUCAAAGAGAUGAUCGUAAGGAAAUGUUACAUCUGUCCUGUGGUUCUUGAAAGCGCAAACGAUCUAGCCUCUCAUCUAACCGAAAAGCAUGCAAAUAAAGGAGCCAUUCGUUGUGAGGAAUGCUCGCGUGAUUUUGCCAUUUUGUCAGCAUACAACUACCACCUUUCACGCCAUGACCCAACCGAGAGGCCUUACAAGUGUAGCUUCUGUCCGAUACGGUUCAAAACGAAAAGAGCGAAGAUGGUGCACGAAAAUACACAACACAACAUGAACCACGAUAUUAUAAUGUUCGAUGAAAAAAUUAAGCCAGUCGUUUGCGAAACUUGUGGAGAAUCGUUUAUGUUCCAGCGCAAGUUAAGGUAUCAUGUUCGACAGAAACAUGCAUCCAACAAGCCUACGUGUAAAAUUUGCGGAAACACCUUCACGACACAAGCAACCCUCUACAGACACAUGCUGGUACACACGAACGAAAAGCCUUACGUUUGCAGCAACUGUGAUGCCUCCUUCCGGCGUCUAUUCGAUCUCAAAAAUCAUGUGCAGAAAGUUCACGAGGGUAAAAAUCCUCACGUUUGUGCCGAAUGCAAUAAGGAGUUCAAAUCGUAUGAGGGCUUAUACCACCACAAGCGGAACGUUCAUCUAAAAACGGCGAAGCCUAAAUCUCAACAGGAUCAGCUUAAAUGCAUGCUUUGUGAUGAAAUUCAUUGGAACACUACUUCUGAUCUGCAGCAGCAUAUAUCGAUUUCUCACGCUGACGAAUCCUAUCCGUACUUUGAAUGUCCGCAAUGCCCUCGAAAAUUUAUCAACAAGCAAAGUUUGUAUUCGCAUAAGGGCGUGCACACGGACAAAUUUGUCUGCAAGGAGUGUGGGAAAAAAUCCGGAUCCGCUCAAACGCUCAAAAUUCACAUAGAAAGUGUCCACGACAAGCGUCAAUUCAACUGCCCGAUAUGCCUUACGAAAACCUACAAAAGUCAAGCAGCAUUGCGUUCGCACAUGAAAACACACACCAAAGGCAAACAAUUCUUGUGCGAUUUUUGUGACAAAACGUUCCACCGAAAAGAUCAAUUGACGAUUCAUCGAAGAACACAUACUGGGGAAAAGCCCUUCGAAUGCCCGAAUUGCUUGAAGCGGUUCGGCGAUGAUGGGACCUUUUCCAAGCACAAGAAGCGCUGUCUGGCAUUGGUUUCCCAGAAGGAAGGGGAAGCAAGUGUUAGUGCAACGCUGAACUCGUAAGCGGUAAGGGGACAUACAUAAAUGAUGUAGCAUUUAAGGGGGAGCCCAUUGUUC